AUGUAACCCCUCCUUCCACUUUUCAUCACUCAAUUAUUCUAUAACCUUCAAACUUCUACAAACAAAAGUGAGAAAUGGAAGGCUUUUCAAAGAAUUUCACUUCUGCUACAGCUUUUUAUCUUCUAUUGGUUUUCCUUUGUAUCUGCAUAAACUCAAGCAUUGCUAUUAACUAUGGAGCUGAAAAGGCAAGCACCAAGUUCAUCAAAACCUCUUGCAGUACUACCAAUUACCCUAGUCUCUGCUUCACCUCACUCUCGAGUCAUACAAAUGCUAUCCAAACAAGUUCUAGGCUUCUAGCUCAGACAGCUCUCUCAGUCGCUCUCAAUCAUGUGGCUUUGACAUCUUCUGCCCUAGUAAGACUGUCAAAAGCUCCUGGCAUGAAGCCGAGAGAAGUCGGGCCAAUGAAUGAUUGCCUUGAAGAGUUAACCGACUCGAUAGACGAGCUGAAGAGAUCCAUGGGAGAGAUGAGUCAGCUUAAUGGAUCCCCAAACUACGCGCUCUUGAUAAGUGACAUACAAACCUGGGUCAGUGCUGCUCUAACAGACGAGGACACUUGCAUGGAUGGGUUUGAUGGGAAAGCCGGGAACACCAAAAACGUAGUCAGGGGAAGAAUUCUAAAUGUUGUUCAUUUGACAAGCAAUGCUUUGUCUUUGAUCAAUAACUACAAUUCUCUACACGGAUAGUCUACGAUAGAUAUUACAUUAGUGUUGUGUAUUAUGCCUCCAUUGUACUACAUUGUCCUUAUAUAUUACAUACACAUUUUGUGUUGCA